GGGUGUGUGUGUGUGUGAGGUAUCCUGCAAAAGGUUAACAUUUGGCUGAAUCAUCUGCCCUGCGGCGGCGACAGCUCCAACUGCAGUGCCUACAAUCGUGAGCGCGUCAAACAAUACACCCGUCAUCGUCACCAUGGCAACGACAGGUAGGAAAACAAAGUGAAAUUGUUCGGUGCGUUGCUUUGUAGCGAAGCGUAUCGUGGUGAUUGGCAGUACUUCGCUGCGCUGUGGCAAAGGGAAAACCAAUCAACAAAGAAAGGGUACAGCAGCUCCAAAUUGUGGCGUUUACAUAAAAAAUGGCGGAUGACAACUCCUGGGUGUUUGAUUCGUUGGUGUGCUUUUUGCACGGCCCGGUAUGGAAUGCACCGCUGCAGACGUUCAUCGAGGAUAAAUCGAUUAUUUUCGAUCCCAACCUGCAGCCGGACGAGAACAAUCCCGACUUCCGGAAGGUGCACGAUGAGUACAAGAAUCUGGUCGACUACAUGCUCGGUUCGUUCAUGGAGGAGAUGCAAAUCACGCCGGAACAGUUCGAGUUUGCCUGUCUGGAGGGCCGGCACGUCGCUAGUCUGGGAAGUGCCGGGGCGGCUGGGGCACGCGCCGCGUCCGCCGGUACGACCGGUGGCAGCAGCGACCGAACAGAUCAGUCCGGUGGCAAUACGUUCUCCUUCCAUCAGGGUUUGUUCCAGCAAAUAUGGGCCGCAAACGAUAUACGCAUCUUCAUACGCAUGAUGGUGCAGCGCAACGUCGAGCUGCAGCUGCAAGCGUUGGAUCUUAUCGAGCGCCGAUCGCAAAGCCUUUCCUCCAAGCGUGACGAAGGUUCCGUUGAUGGGGCUGGAGGGGAGGCUGGUGACACUGGGUCGGAGCUGAAGCCUGCGGAAGACACGCCCGAGGAGCGUGAAAUUGAGCAGGAUAUUUUAAAAUCGGUCGAAAACGAGUUAAAAGUACCGCUGCUGACAGAAGGGGACGCUGGUGCACCGGAUCAAACGCAAGCGUCUGCUUUGGCCGGUACGCUUGAGGGAGGGCUGCCGGGCACGGCAAGUGAUAAGUUUCAGCGCUUGAAUUUGUUUUUCGACCAGGAAAAGAUCAACACGGACGACAUGAAAGCGCGGCAGGAGUAUUUGCGAACCCAGCGGGACAAGAUACUGACCAUCAAGAAGCAGGCGCGGGCCCGGCAGCUGAACGAAACGAUACGCAAAAGCGAACGCCCAGCGUCGGCACAGGUGGCACAAAAGUUUCUGGACGGUGAAACCGAAUCGGUAACGGUUGAGCCACCGGAAGGUUCGCUGCAGCUGCGCAAGAUGCUGGCCCAACGGCUGCGCAACGAGGUAGCCAUCGAUAAGCAGCCGUACCGGCGAACUCGUUCGACGAGAAACAUUCGUCGCUCAUGAGUGGACAGGGCUGUACCACUAGGUUGGCCAGUACAGAAUCUUUACGGUAUUCUAAUUUUUGAUCUAGAAGGCUAUGAAAUGAGUGAAAAUGAGCGUCGCGGCGAACGUUCCCAGGAACGAACGAUUUCGCCGGUAUGGCUGAAGGAGUGAAGCUCGGCACAGAUACGGGGUCAGUGUGAUGGAAGGGUAUAGAAAUCGAUAUCGCAUGAAACACAGCUCGUCCUCGUCCUCGCACAAUGUGAUAUUAUCACCGGCAGUGUGCAGUGUCGAUCGAUAUGCAUGAUGUUUGUUGGUGAAUAAUAUAUGUGUAACACACUGCGUUGGGGGUGUUUCCCCGGGUAUA